AUGGUGAGUCGUUUGGUCUCUUGCUUGCCUAAUUGCCCAACUAUCUGCAUGGGCUACAAAAUCCAUCGGUUGCCUCAACAUGGCAGUGAUCAAGCGAGUUUGCGAUUUGUGGAAGUUCCAGAUCUCGUAAAUGCUUCCUCUGUCAUUCCAGAUUGGGAUGAUAUUCUCAAGUACCCUACAAUAAAACGGCUUCUUCAAGAUCACGUGAAGAAUAGUAAAUGGGUCGAUCGAAAACUAUUUCCACUAUUUCAACCGGUAAAUGAGCUUGAUCUAUGCAUAGAUAAAGUGCGCGCUAUUCGACAUCAUGCUCCUGAGGUGAAGUCUAUGGAGUCGCGUUCCCUGUCUGAUAGACACCCACUCAAUAAUAAUAUUUUAUAG